GCGCCGGGCCGGAGGAUGAGCGCCCCGGUGGAGCCCAGGAUCAAACAGGCGCUGCGGAAGAAGCCCGCGGAGCGUACUCCGGAGGACUUGAAUACUAUCUAUUCUUUCCUUCAUGGGCUGGACAUACUAUCACAUUUCAGGGAACAUCAGCUAAGAAUAAUGUCGUCAAGUGCCCGCUAUGAGAGGUACAAGGGCAACCAAGUUCUCUUUUGCUCAGAAACUAUUGCAAGAUGCUGGUAUAUCCUGCUUUCUGGAUCUGUGCUCAUGAAGGAUUCAAUGUUUUUGCCACCUUGCAGUUUUGGCAAGCAGUCUGGAGGAAAGCGAGGAUGCGAAUGUAUCAUACUGGAACCUUCAGAAAUGAUUGUGGUGGAGAACUCUAAAGACAAUGAGGAAAACAUCUUGCAAAGAGAAGUGCCACUCCGGCAGUCCCGUCGGAGGUAUAGGAAGAUCAACCAGAGGGGUGAGCGUCAGACCAUCACGGACAACGUGGAUUCCAGCAGCUACAUGUCGCUUCCAGCUGACCUUACCAAGAUGCAUCUCACGGACAAUCCUCAUCCCCAGGUGACGCAUGUCCCUUCAAGCCAGUCAGGAUGUAGCAUUGCCAGUGACUCUGGGAGCAGCAGCCUGUCUGAUAUUUAUCAGGCUACAGAAAGUGAGAUGGGAGAUGUUGAUUUAACGGGUCUUCCGGAGGCACCUGUAGACUCUGAAGAUGAAGAGGAGGAGGAGGAUGAAGAUAUUGACAGAACUUCUGAUCCACUUCUAGGGCGAGAUGUUGUCCGAGAGUGCCUUGAGAAGGAGCCUGCAGAUAAAACUGAUGAUGACAUUGAACAAUUACUGGAAUUCAUGCAUCAGCUCCCUGCCUUUGCGAACAUGACCAUGUCUGUGAGGAGAGAGCUGUGCUCAGUGAUGAUAUUUGAAGUCGUCGAGCAAGCAGGAGCCAUCAUACUUGAAGACGGCCAGGAACUUGAUUCUUGGUAUGUUAUUUUAAAUGGCACAGUAGAAAUCAGCUAUCCUGAUGGGAAGAGUGAAAGUCUCUGUAUGGGAAACAGUUUUGGGAUUACUCCCUCACUGGACAAACAGUACAUGAAUGGAGUGGUCAGAACCAAAGUAGAUGAUUGUCAGUUUGUGUGUAUAGCCCAGCAAGACUACUGGAGGAUUCUGAACCAUGUGGAAAAAAACACUCACAAAGUGGAGGAAGAAGGAGAAAUUGUGAUGGUAAAGGAGCACAGGGAACUGGAUCGCAGUGGAACCAGAAAAGGACACAUAGUUAUCAAGGCAACACCCGAGAGACUCAUCAUGCACUUAAUAGAGGAACAUUCUAUUGUGGAUCCAACCUACAUCGAAGAUUUUCUUUUAACAUACAGAACAUUUCUAACAAGUCCCUUGGAAGUUGGAAAUAAACUCUUGGAGUGGUUCACAGUGGACAGCCUCAGGGAUAAGGUUACCAGAGUAGUGUUACUGUGGGUGAACAAUCAUUUUAAUGACUUUGAAGGCGAUCCUGCCAUGACUCGAUUCCUGGAAGAAUUUGAAAAGAACUUGGAAGAUACGAAAAUGAAAGGCCAUCUCAGAUUGCUGAAUAUUGCCUGUGCUGCCAAAGCGAAAUGGAGACAAAUCACCCUGCAAAAACCUUCCAGAGACUCUCCCCUGUUUUUCAGCCUUCUUGGAGGCAGUGACAAGGGGUUUGGUAUUUUUGUAGAGACUGUGGAGAUAGGCAGUAAAGCCGCAGAAGCUGGACUUAAGCGUGGUGAUCAGAUAAUGGAAGUAAAUGGACAGAAUUUUGAGAAUAUUACCUUUGUAAAAGCUCUGGAAAUCUUAAAGAAUAACACACAUCUCUCCAUUACUGUAAAAACAAACAUUUUUGUGUUUAAGGAGCUGCUCUGCAGGAUAGGACAGGAGAAGAAUGGAAUUCCACAUAUUCCGAAAAUUGCAGAAAAGAAAAACAACCGUUAUUCUAUCCCAGAUAUGCCUGGAGAUGUGGAACAGAUGUUUCCCCGUGAAAAAGGAAACAAGAAAAUGAAAGCAAACACUGUAUCUGGUGGAAGAAACAGAAUCAGGAAAAUUUUAGACAAGACUCGUUUCAGCAUCUUGCCUCCAAAACUGUUCAGUGAUGGCAGCGUGAGCCAGUCUCAGGAUGACAGCAUCGUGGGGACACGGCAGUGCCGGCACAGCCUGGCCAUCAUGCCCAUUCCAGGCACUCUUUCAUCUAGUAGUCCUGACCUGCUGCAGCCCACAACCAGCAUUCUGGAUUUCUCCAAUCCUUCAGCUGUUGGGUUUUACUAUAUUCCAGAUCAAGUGAUACGAGUUUUCAAAGCAGAUCAGCAGAGCUGUUACAUCAUCAUCAGCAAAGACACUACAGCAAAGGAGGUGGUGAGUCACGCUGUCCAUGAGUUCAACCUGACAGGAGCCCCCGAGACCUACUCCCUGUGCGAGGUGUCCGUCAGCCCCGAGGGGGUCAUCAAACAGCGGCGCCUCCCGGACCAGUUCUCCAAGCUGGCUGACAGGAUUCAGCUCAACGGACGGUAUUAUCUGAAAAACAAUAUGGAAACAGAAACCUUAUGCUCAGAUGAGGAUGCUCAAGAGCUCCUCCGAGAGAGCCAAAUUUCCCUCCUGCAGCUGAGCACCAUUGAGGUGGCCACUCAGCUUUCCAUGCGGGACUUUGAAUUAUUCCGCAACAUCGAGCCAACGGAAUACAUUGAUGACCUGUACAAGCUGGACUCCAAAACAGGGAAUGCUCACCUGAAACAGUUUGAGGAUGUCAUAAAUCAAGAGACCUUCUGGGUUGCCAUGGAAAUUUUAGCAGAACCCAACCAACUCAAAAGAAUGAAGAUUAUUAAGCAUUUCAUUAAAAUUGCUCUCCACUGUCGAGAAUGCAAGAACUUCAAUUCCAUGUUUGCGGUGAUAAGUGGGUUAAAUCUUGCACCAGUAGCUCGUCUCAGAGGCACUUGGGAAAAGUUACCCAGCAAGUAUGAAAAGCACCUCAGAGACCUUCAAGAUCUUUUUGAUCCAUCUCGAAACAUGGCAAAAUAUCGCAACAUCCUCAGCAGCCAGAGCAUGCAGCCUCCAAUUAUCCCACUUUUCCCUGUUGUCAAGAAAGAUAUCACAUUUCUGCAUGAAGGCAAUGAUUCUAAAGUGGAUGGCCUGGUAAAUUUUGAGAAACUCCGGAUGAUUGCCAAAGAAAUCCGCCAAGUUGUCCGAAUGACCUCUGCAAACAUGGAUCCAGCUGUGAUGUUCAGACAAAGGAAGAAGAGGUGGAGAAGUUUGGGGUCUCUGAGCCAGGGCAGCAUGAACUCCAACAUGCUGGACGUGCAGGGAGGUGCUCACAAGAAACGUGCCCGCCGCAGCUCGCUCCUGAACGCCAAGAAGCUCUAUGAGGAUGCCCAGAUGGCGAGGAAGGUGAAGCAGUACCUGUCCAACCUCAGCGUAGAGACAGAUGAAGAGAAGAUCCAAAUAUUGUCACUUCAGUGUGAGCCUGCAUACAGCACUUUGACAAAGAAUUUAAGUGAGAGAAGAGGAGGAAAAUCCUCUGAAAUGUCUCCAGUGCCCAUGAGAUCAAUUGGCCAAACCACAAAAGCCCAUCAGCAUCAACAAAACCGAAUGAGUCAAGUUCUUCAGGUCCCAACUGUGAAUCUGUACCCCAGCAGGAAAAAGGGAUUGACAAAGGAUCAUGUCACAUUCAGUACAGGCUCUCCACAGAAGUCACUAAGCUUGUCUGAGGAAGUAAGUAGUAAGAAACAAACAGAUGACACUAUGUCCAUGGCAUCUUCUUUGCACUCCAGCCCACCCGCUUCUCCUCAGGGCUCCCCACGCAAAGUUGGCAACAUCCAAAGGUCGGAUAACUGCAGUCAGAUGAAUCUCUCUGGCUCUUCCUCAUCACUGGCCAGUGAAACCAGCAACAAGAACAGUGGACAGCGCAGCUAUGGAAUAGGCUAUGCCCUCAUACCUUCCACUAAAUCCGACAACUUCUCGGACUCCAGUCACAGUGAGAUUUCAUCCCGCUCCAGCAUCGUGAGCAACUGCUCUGUGGACUCCAUGUCAGCAGCACUGCAGGACGAGAGGAGUUUGUCCCAGUCCCUCAUCGUGGUGGAUUCAGGCGGGGCAGAGAGAAAGGAGCAUCCUCAGGCACUGACAGAUUAUGGCCAGCCCUGCCCGGGCUGGUCCAUCAGUAGGCCUGCUCUGAUCAGAGGGAUGGCAUUCACAUCUUCCAUGAGCAGCGAGGAGAUCUCCCAUGAGCACAUCACGGUAGAGGCAGCAGACAGCGGCCGGGGAAGCUGGACUUCAUGCUCAAGUAGUUCUCAUGACAAUUUCCAGAAUAUCCCAAACCAGAAGAGCUGGGAUCUCCUCAGUUCUUACCGUCACACCCAGCUGGAUGGACCUAUAGCUGAAGUGGAUCCCACAAACUGUUACUCUGAGGAGGGUUAUUUGUAUUCCGAAGCCUUCUCCAAAGCCAACAGGCAGUCGAAAGCCAGCACGGAGCUCGAUCAGUCUCGGCAGAGCUGGGCAUCCUCCAGCUCCCUGUCAGACACUUACGAGACAAACUAUGGGACAAUUAAGCGGAAGGGGCUGGAGAACUCCACGGCAGAGCAGACAGAGGCUUUGGACUCUAAACCAGGCGCUGAUACAACUUACAAAACUGUUACUUCGAGUACAGAAAAAGGCCUGAUAGUGUACUGUGUCACCUCACCUAAGAAGGACGAUAGGUAUAGGGAGCCACCGCCCACCCCUCCGGGAUAUAUGGGGAUUUCUUUAGCGGACAUUAAAGAAGGAUCGCCCCACCACCCACACCUCAAACCUCCAGACUAUAGUGUGGCAGUGCAGAGGUCAAAGAUGCUGCACAGUGACCUCUCUAGACUUCCAGCAGCUGCUCUCGGUAGUGACCCGGUGGCCUGUGUCUCCUCGAGGAUGCCUCAGUGGCACGGCCGGCAGCCGUCCAGCCCCAGAGUAGCAGAGUUGCCUGACGCAGAUAGUGAAGAGGAUGAAGAUGAACAAGUAUCAGCAGUUUAACCCUUGGGCUAUAUAUAUGAACCACUCACAACACAAAGGAUGUGGGAGAAUGUCUCAUGGUUCUGUUAGGACUGCUGACAACUUGCUGCUACUGACCUCAGACCUUGCCUCUGUCCCAGACGAGAUGGAACGGGUUGGAUCACCUCUUCACACCUUCCUUCACUCUGCCACCACCACCUAAGAAGAUAUUUCUACACAUGAAAUAGAAAAUCCCAUUCAAGGAAUGUGCUGACUGCCUGGGUACCAACAUGGGUACCCAGAGAUGGACCGAGCUUCAUGCAUUGGGGAGGACCAGUUGUCAGCACCACUUGAAACUUGGGAGCAUUUUUGUGUAUGAUACCAUAUAAUCCUUUGGUAGUUUCCAUUGUCGUCAUUUUCUACAUGACCGUUAGAAGUCUGAGAGUGUUAUUUUAUGAACUUCAAAAAAAAAUUAUAUCAAAAUGUCAGCAAAAGCAAAGGAUGUUGCUGAAAUAUCUGAAAAUAAUUUAUUAAUUUAAUAUUUUUAAAUGGGAGUUUCCUUUAUGUGCAUUGGGAGUGCUCUGGUUGGCUAAUAGAAAUGUUUAGUCAAUGUGACAGUAAAUUAGCUACACAUCAACUGUUGUGCUCUCGAAAUAAACACAGAAAAGUAGAAACGGGUGCAGAAAUUUAUAGAUUUUAGAGUGGGUUUAGAUUUAAUAUGAAUAGAGCCCAAUGCCCUGCAGAGCAGUGUCUGUCAAGGCAGCACUCCUGCUGCUCCCCUCCCACAUGGACACAGCAGAAACCUGUCCAAGGAUUUCAGAAAUUGUUUCAGCUGCCAGCCAACUAAGGCAACAGUUGGUGCUCUCCUCCCCUGUUAAGGAAUGUUUGCAAUGUGGAAGCCGUAGCUUAAGGGGGGAGCAUCUGGGGAGAUCUGAAGCUUUCCCAAAAGAGUUUUAACCAGGUUUUGCCUUGCAGAGUUCAACAUGCAAAGCAUGUUCUAAAACUCAAAACUCAGCUGUGUGUUGUGGUUUUUAAGAUCAUCUCAUGUCCUGGCCUUUUCCCAGAGUUGCACAGGGUUUAAGUGCAAAGGUUAUCUUUGAAAAAAAAAAAUUAAAGAAUUAGGUAUCACCUACAUUUCACAAUAAAAUUUGUGAAACUGAAUAAUAAAUGACACAGUGCUUAUAGAAGAGCAUAAUGCAUUUUAUGAUGGGUUUAAAAACCCUGUUGUGUUUAUCUGGAAAAUACAGAUAAUCUCAAAUUAUUUUUUUUAAAUCCUAAUUAAAAAUCCUGGUGUUGUUGAUGUCAAUGAGAGUUUUGACUUACAGCCAGCCAGUAUUAACCCAUGAUCCUCUAGUUUGACUAUGGUCAAAAUAAUUGCUUCUUUGAUUUUACUUUUAGCCAGCCAGAGUGCAGAGGGGUAGAACUGGAAAUGCCUGCAGGUUCUUUUCUUCCCUUCCUUCUUCCCUUCCUUCUUCCCUUCCUUCUUCCCUUCCUUCUUCCCUUCCUUCUUCCCUUCCUUCUUCCCAUACAUGACACCCCAUUCUAGUGUUAAAAUCAGACAUGAAUGUGUGAAUAUGUAUUUAAACAUUUAAUUGUAAAUCUUUGUUGUGAUGUUUACAGCCUAAGCUAGAAAGAUGAUGUUUGUCAUUUUUACAGUGCCUCAAAACUGAUUUCUAUAUCCAUAGUUGUGGAGAGCUUUAAGGUUUGUUUUUUUUUUUUUUUUACCUAUAUGUGUGCAGGGGUGCAAGGUGAAUGCAACAUUUUUGGAAAAUGCCACAAGUACCAAAAACAACCCAAAGCCUUUGAUGUGCUUUCUCCAUAGUAGCUAGGGCUGAUGCAGCCAGGUGGAUGAGAAUGACCCAGCCUGUGUCUGCCUUCAGAGCAGUUCCAGGUUCAGCAUUGCCUGGAAUGUACCUUGGAAUUGGGAAGGUGUAAAUGAACAGUGAUGCCGAGGAAGAGGAUGCCUAAUUUAUAACUCACUGGUUGGCUGUAUGAAUUUUUGGCACAAGUAUCAGAGAAGCAAAUAGUUGAAAAAAUACAUUAAAAUCCACUUGAGGUAUGGCAUAAUACAUGCAUUUUGCUUUCUCAAGGCCUUAAUGCUUAUAGUGAACCUGCACAGGCCUUAAUGACUAAAGAUUAAUGUGUCAAAGCAAUGCAGGGCAGAGUGAGUGUUUUCAGCACAUGCAGUAUUGGUAAUAGAACUCUUGAACUGAUAUUCCUGUGGGAUGUAAAUCCAGGUCCUGCCAUCCCAUUGUCAGCUGUAGUUGCUUGCCAACUUCUGCGUGGAAACCAGAAGGUUGUUAACUUCUGCUUUGAAACCAGAGGUUUUUGAUUUCUGGAAACCAGAAAUCCUCUGCGUUGUGCCAGGUGAAUGAAACCAUAUGGUUCCUUGGCCCUGGGGGGGAGCUGCAGCUUAUUCCAGCCGGUUGAACAAAAGUAUAGGGGAUGGGGGUUACUAAAGUGACUUCCUUUUACCCCAAAACCCAAUAGUGCUGCCUUUGAGGAUGCAGGGAAGCCCCUGUGGGGAGCAGGGUCGGGGUCUCCUGGGAGUCAGCAAGAGCAGCUGAAUUAAUCACCCAUCCAAACAUGGUGUUUGGUAGUGUUUGCACAUCAACAGCAUCCGUCUGUUCCACAGGGCUUGGCAGACACUGAAAAGUUCUGGAAUGAGUGAAAGUCUCACUAAUAAUAUUUUCCUAAUAGCCAACACAGCUGGUGUACAUAAAUCAUGCAUAAAUGAUGGACAGAUGAGCUACUCCUGCUGCUCCUGCCUCACACAGUGUGGCUUCUCUGCUGCUCCUUGCUGGGGUUUUUGUUUGUUUGUUUGUUUUUAACUCAACCGAUCACAUUGAUUGGGGCCAAUAGCCAAACGUAGAGUGUCUGGUGUGGGUUUGAAGAGACAUUAUCCCUUUUUUUGGUAAUUCAGACAGAAGCAAUAUGGUGGUUAGUAGCUGUUGUACACUGCUUUGUUGAAAUGAUGUCUUCUGGACCACAGAUCCCUGACUCAGUACCUCUGUUAGGUUCUUCUAACUUGGGCUCUGAUGCUGAUAAACAGUUAAGGUGCCUCAUGUCAUGUUCUUCCACUGCCAUACCUGGGUGUGCUCACUUCCUGCUCAUUGUUUUCUUCUUACUUGUUGGUGAAAGAUGCAUUUCAGAUUUCUGUGAUUUAAGCACACAGUAUUUUGUUACAAAUCUUCCAAAUAAUUCCUGAGAAAGCAGUGUAGGUUGGUAAAAUUGAAUUGGCCUCUCCAGUUGCAGAAAGGGGAAAAUGAGAUCACUGAGCCUCUGAGCAUCAGGUUCAUCUCCCAAGUACACAAAAGAAUGGAAAGAUAAUGGCUGUGAAUGUUUGCAGUUCACAUUUUUGCAAUGUGGACAAAUUUUGAGUGUUUGCCAACAGUGGGCAGUGUGGGACUUUCCUGGCUCCUUCCUUUUGCCUUUGCUGAGAUAAUUUUGUAGGUGUGGCCUCACAUUCAGUCCUGUGUGUGAUUUUUGGGCACCAUGAUAUGAAAAAUACAUGAAAGCAUCCAGAGGAGGCCACGAGGAUGGGAAAGGGUCCGGAGGGGGGAAGCAUUAUGAGGAGUGGCUGAGGGCACUUGGUCUGUUUGGCCUGGAGAAAAGGAGACUGAGGGAAGAGAGAUCUCAUUGCAAUCUACAGCAUCCUCCUGAGGGGUGGCACUGAUCUCUCCACUCUCAUGACCAGUGACAGCUCACGAGGGAAUGGCCUGAAGCUGUGUCAGGGGAGGUUUAGGUUGAGUAUUAAGAAAAGGUAUUUCACCCAGAGGAUGGUUGGACACUGGAACAGCUCCCCAGGGCAGUGGUCACAGCACCAGCCUGGCAGAGCUCAAGAAGUGUUUGGCCAAGGCUCUCAGCCACAGGGUGGGAUUGUUGGGGAUGGUGCUGUGCAGGGCCAGGAGCUGGACUUGAUGAUCCUGAUGAGUCCCUCCCAGCUCAGCAUGUCCUGUGAUGCCAGGUGAGUGGUGCUUCACUGGAAGGUGGUCAGAGCCCGUUGCUGGAUGGGGUGUGCUGGGGGCUGUCUGCACCUGCCAGAGGCAGAGGGUGUCCCCCAGGGGCUGAACGUACAGUGAUGCCACUUGCAGAGGGGCCUGUGAACACCCUGUCAGGGCUGUUCCAAAACCUUUCAGCAUGUCCUGAGUAAUUUUAUUGCAGGCAACAGUGGAAAUACAACCCUGUCAUUUAAGUUUUUAUAAAACAUCAGAGUAUUUGAAGGAUAAACUUACCACUGCCUUUACAAAAAGAAAAAAAAAGGGAUACUCUCUCUUUAGAAAAGCUUUACACAUUAUAUUUUAGAAUGCUUGUAUAGAGGGUAAUCUAUCUUGAAUUCCCAACCCAGCUUUUGCUUCUGUUGUGCUUUUUAUUGUUUUAUCUUUAUUUCUGAUAUACCUGGAAUGCAGUUUAGCUUGGUAUUAAUUAAAUUCUAAAUAUGUGAGCAUAUUGGCAAAACUGCACAGAUGUAAUGAUAUUCCAAUAGCAAUUGUACUGCACAAGUCAGUGAUUGUAAAGUAUUCUGUAACAAGCAAUGUUUGUCUCCUAUUUUUUGAUACCUCUUACACUUAUGUCUUUUAGAAAGACAGUGCCUCUGUAUGCUUUUUGUAUUUUUACUGAGUGAUUGUAAAUAUUUGUUAUAUUUUUGGUUAAGAGAAUGUUUAAAAGUACUGUUUAUUAUCCAAUCUAUUAAUAUGUUGGAAUCAAUAAACAAUCAACAUGUAUUAA